CCCCGAACGUCACCCUCCCUCUCCCCCUCCCCUUAGCAACAGAGGCAACAUGGCGGCGUCCAGUACCGCGGAGCAUUCUCCAGAGAUAUCGACGCCGUUAAAGAUACCCAAAACCGAGGUGCCAUCCCCCGAGUCGGAAGAUUUGAGUGACAGUAAUCAAUAUCAUUCCAAUCCCUCGACACCCAACCGCUUCUCGCCUUUGAACGUGGGCUCAGGGACGGCAGGCCGGACGGCGGCCUCAUCCUCCUCCAACAGCUUCACGGCUUGCCGAGGGAUGUCGUGGACCCCUUCGGAGACAAACGCCCUCAUUGCGGUGUGGGGCAACGAGAGGCUGACGGAGGCGAGGAUGCAGCAGCUGGAGGUCGCAGGCACCGUCUUCUCCGGUAAGGCCCCCGGCCCUGCCAUGUACGAGCGGGUGUCCAGAGCCCUGUCGGAGCUGGGAUAUGAGAGGACCCCGUCCCAGUGCAGGGAGAGGAUGAAGACGCUGCGGCGCUGCUACAGCCGCGUGAAGGAGCACGGCAUCGGCAAACGGAAGAGCAGCUACACUAUAGAGCAGCUGGAGAAGGUGUUUGGUCAGGGCGGCUGGGACUCCCAGAGUUGUGCCCCGGUGCUGAUCAACAGCAGCGGGCUGUACCAGGAGAUGGAGUCUGAUGGCAGCACCCUGGAAGACUUCUCCCAGGAGGACUGGUGCAACCAGGUGCUGGACUCAGCCUUCCAGGAGGGAGACAUGGAGACUGAAGAAACCCAGGUGCCUAAAAACAGAAGUCUACAGAUUCAAAUAGAGCUGACAGAACAAAUCCAAAAAAGGGACAUGAUGCAGACUGUGACGCGUAUCCUUGAGUCGGUGCAACUGCAAUGGGAGCCCUUCCAGACAUGGACUGAGUUCUCCCGGCUGCACCUCUCCAACAAACUGGCCAUCUUUGGCGUGGGCUACAACACGCGCUGGCGCGAGGACGUGCGCUACCACUACGCCGAAAUCAGCUCGCAGGUGCCGCUGGGCAAGAGGCUCCGCGAGUACUUCAACCCCGAGAAGCCAGAGGGCCGCAUCAUCAUGACCAAAGUUCAGAAGAUGAACUGGAAGAACGUCUACUACAAGUUCUUGGACAUUACCAUCAGUGAGGCGCGCUGCCUGGAGCUGCACAUGGAGGUGGACUGGAUCCCUGUGUCCCAGUCCAGGGCAGCCAGCGGCAGCAAGGGCACAUCCCACUACCUCCUCCCUGGGAACAUCCCCAAGGCGUAUGGACUCUACGCUAUUGGCUACGAGGCAGUGUCCUCCUUUCACGACGCGGAUCACUUCUUUCCCCAGGGGGAUGGUGAAGACCACAGUUCACUUCAGUGCUCAGAGAACGGGGAACAGAGUCAGGCUGAUGGAGAAGGGGCAGAGAGAUGUGACAGGACUGGGGCUAAAGUCACGUACUGCUACCUAGGCAUAGCUGAGGACAGGACCAUACAGCAGGGUCUCUUCCAGCACUUCCAGGGCUACGGCAAACACCACGUCCACCACGGGGUACCCUCGGCCAUCACGCGUUUCCUGCAGGAGAACUGCCACGGCAACGUCACACAUGUCCAGAAUGGGGAUGGAGGUGAGGACUCAUCUCAGCGAUUUGCUAUUUACAUAAAAUACAUUGAGGUGGAGCUGGACUUCCUCUCAGCAGGCUCCCUGUUGGAGUGCCUCGAAACUGCUGCAGGUUAUUCCUUGAAAUACAACAACAAAGAAGCGUCGUAACUACACUCACAGCGUUUCAGAUUUGUAUCGACUAAAGAUAUAAUUAACAAGUCUUACAGCCCGCAAGGCAACCUGAAAGGUGACCAAUUCUGUCUGUUAUAAAGCAUGGAUGUGUGCAAGAGUCUGGCAUAUUUUUGCAGCCUUUUCAGCUCCAUUGAACUGCUUUUUAUUUUAUUUAUUUUUUAUUUGACUCUUAAGUCUUAAAAGAUUGACAGUGCACAAUAUGGUAACUGUAUUGUCUAAAAACAUGGGAGCAUAGCUUAAGUAUUACAGAGCUGCAACAUCCAAGAAGUAUACUUAUUUAUUAUUUUAGGCUGAUGUGCACUAUAAAGGUUUCUGCUGCUUGUUUAGUGUAGAUAAAUAUUGCCUCAUCAGGGAACGUUGGUUGGCAAGAUGACUACUGCAGUGUGCAUCUGUCUACCUCAGUAGGAUGUAGCGAACAAGGCAGCAAGGGGACCAUAGCGUGUAUUUAUUUUAAAACUGCCUUUGCUGGGACUGUUGUGGUCUGGACCUUGAAUUCAGAAAGCAUCAAAUAGAGUAACGGCUAGUUCAUGCCUUAUGUUCUGAAAGUCUAACACUGCUGCAGCUAGGAAUGUUUCCAUGCAAAUUAGGGAGAAAAAGCAAGGAAUUGGUAAUGACCAAUGUGGAUUUGGGGUGGGGGGGAAUCUAUACAGCAUAGUACCGCGAUAUUUUCCAUGGCAAUACUGUAUUAAUACACAGGAGCCACGUAUCGAUCAGUUUGGCUGCUUGACAAUCCCAUUUUGCAGCCAUAAAAUUGAAUUGAUAUGAACAAACUGAGAUGUAUCUUUUUAGAUAAAACAGUUGUUGACAAAAUUUCCUUUUGGGGACAUAAUUUGAAAUUGGGAAAAAUCUGAAGUUGGAAAAAAGGUUAUAAAUACAAUAUAUUGCAGAGUAUUGCGAUAUGUCUAAGAUGACAAUAAUAUCGUAUCAGGGCAUAUGUAUAGUGAUGAUAUUGUAUCGGGAGCCGUCUGCUGAUUCCCAACCCUAAUGUGGAUAUUAGUUUACUACAGCAGUGGAAACACUUGGUGCACAAGCCCAACUGGCCGGUUGGGCGUGGCUUCCACUCUUUCAAUUCAGACCAAUAAGUGACAACAUUCCCCAUUAUAACGACCUCUAGCACCAGCUCUGUGCAGCAGGGAAACCUAAUACAGCAUGUAUUAACACUGAUGUAAAUCCUACAGACACCGCUUACCAUGGCUGAAUCCGAAUGGAUAAUGUUCUUUAGUGUGUUUGCAACACUUACAAGCUGUACAGAUCAUUGCAUAUGACAGCAUCUCCUCCACUGGCAUCAGCUGAGAGAGAUUCCGUGUCUUAGCUGCCGCCUGCAGGUUGUGGCUACUGCCAAUAAAACCAAAUGGAGGGCAUCUUGUUAUCUGUUCAGUCUUCUUGCUGAUGUUUUUGGAUGGUGUUUUAUAGCUCUAAUGCACAUUCAGUUCUGGGGCUGGGUAGCGCGCAUGAUUUUCCCAAUCUAUCAAAAUGUGAAGACAUUUUCAGAUAUCAAUUAGUGAGCAACAUUUCAGUUACAGUACCAGUUUUGCAAUUCACAGAGAUCUUCUGCUGUAAAUUGUAAGAGUAUAAAGUAACCCUCAGAUAUUAUUUAUAAUGCACCAGGUAAGUUGACUCAAAAAAGAGGGCUAAUUCACCACAUGCAUGGUGGAAAGGCAUAAAUUAAUGGAUGGAUUUGGGGAUUUUGUUUAGCAAUAUUGGUUCCCUCCCAAAAAUGAUCAAAGGUAAUUGGGGAAUCGACCAUUUUAACCCAGCCCUGUUCAAAUGCUUGACCUAGUUUUGGGGUCUUUAAGGUUUUGCUCCUGCACAAGCUGCAUCUGUUACACAACAUUAAAUGUUGUCUUUGCUAUAGAUAUUCAGAAAUGCUGUCAGAUCACAGGCAUUGUACAUUUACUCCUUUUGUGUUUGUUGUGCCAUGGUAUCAGCCAAAAUGACAAAUCCCUAAUAUCACACAGGAGUGUGUAGAAGUAUACAGUAAGCCUGUAUUGGUAAGUAUCUAUUGGCAGGCCCGUACUUUGGAGAAUCUCUAGCUGCAGCUUUAGGGAUUGUGGGAAUCAGUAGAGCAACAUGACAGAAGCUGUGGCGAUGAGUUACCAGCACCUCCCACAUACACUUAUUUUAAAGGCACCAUUCUUUCAGAUAAAACACAAUCAUGCUUAUGGGUAGGAUUGGGCAUCGCUUUGAUUUUAAGCACUUUGAUCCCAAUCCCUUCAAUUUCGGUUCUUAUUGAUCCUCAAUGGCGUUGAUUCAAUGGUGGUUUACAAUCUUACCGGGAUUUUAUUCAGCUUAAAAUAAAGCCCCAAUCUUGGGCGCCGCUUAGCAUGCUCCAUGGCUGCAACACAACAAGGGCAUGCUGGAAGUACAGUGGUGGUUUUCCACGGAAACCAUGGACGUUAAAUUUGGAACUGACGAUUUGAUUCCAAACCAAAUUCUUCCAAACGAUUCCAAGUUCAAAGCUGUUCUCGAUGCCCCCAGUCCUACUGUUGAGUGUUGACAAAGAGUAUAGAAGUGUAUAGUAUAGAAGAGUAUAAUAGAACGUUGUGUUGGGUUCAGUCCAAGAUGGAGAAGCUUCAACGUUCCAUUGCAACUGACAGCGAACAACACACCCAUGAUCCAGCUGCAGCUCUGCCAUCUUGGACUGAACACACACAACAAUCUAUUGAGUUUCACCUCUUGUUACUUGGAUAUUCGUUGGUGUUGAUCUACGACUUAAGAUGCAGGUGUUAACUCAUCCUUGACCAAUAAUUCAAUUUUUUCUGAACAUGAUUCCUGAGGUUAUGUGCAAUGUGCCAGGAAAGGACUGUGUAGAGAAGAGUCAAACCGUGGACAAGUCAAUAUUGAAUCUAUGUAUAGGACCUUAUAUAUCUAUAAUAUAUAUAUAUUUAAAAAAAAAAAAUGUUUUUGAGCAUUUCAGCUUUUGCAAUCUUGCCAUGUUCAUUUGUAUGGGUAAACCGUAUAUAAAGAUAAAUAUGAAAUUUUCUAUUUUAUUGGUUGACACCAUGUCUUGUAUGUGAUUGUUUUUGAGUCACCGUCUCGUAUGUUUACAUGUUUGGAAAAACCAAUAAAUGGGGCACUCACUGUCAUUUGCCACACAGUGAAAA